AUCGCCCGGAACUACCGAAGCUCCUUAUUCUUUCAAAACUGUUGUGCCAUUCAUUGGCCAAGGGCAAAUGCCAGAUGAUCAAUAUACUGCAACCACACCAAUUACCACAUCAAUUAACCUUUACGAAACUAUUACUUCGGACUUCGUAACCUCACAUACUUAUAAUCAUAUCGCUACUAUUCCUUCUUUCGGAACUACUGAUGCAUUCGUUGGCCAAGGGCAAACGUUAUAUGACCAAAAUACCGCGUUAAUUAACUCUUAUGAAUCCUUUUUGUUGGAACUUCCGGUGCAUUUAUUGGUCAAGA